AUGGCCACCGUGGACAUCCCCAAACAGCAAAAAGCCGCCGUGAAGGUCGGCGAGGAUGCAAGGACUGGUCUCUGUGCUUCAGACAAAUCUCUGAUUCAUGAUGAAUGGGCAUCAUUCGGAGUUGCCAUGCAGCCCGCCACCAAGGGAAUUGCCGGCCACGAGGGCGCUGGCGUUGUCGUCGCCGUAGGUGAUGAUAUGCAUCAUAAAUGGAAAGUUGGGGACCGUGCUGGAAUCAAAUGGGUGUGGGGGGUCUGCGGAGAGUGCGAGUUUUGCACAAACGGUAGCGACGAGCUCCACUGCCCGAACCAGAAGAACUCAGGUUUCACUGCUGCAGGAACUUUCCAGCAGUAUGCUAUCAGCGAUGGCAGAUACACUACCCGCAUCCCCGAGGGUGUUGCUGAUGAGGAAGCUGGACCUAUCAUGUGCGGUGGUGUAACAGCAUAUGUCGCUUGCAAGAGGAGUGCUGUCAAACCUGGCCAAUGGAUUGUUCUCCCAGGUGCUGGAGGCGGGCUCGGCCAUUUUGCUGUACAGUAUGCAAAGGCCAUGGGCAUGCGGAUUAUCGCCAUAGAUGGCGGUGACGAGAAACGAGACCUCUGCAAGAAAUUAGGAGCAGAGGAGUUUAUCGACUUCACCAAAACUCAAGACAUUGCAUCCGAAAUCACGCGUAUCACGACAUAUGGUGCCCAUGGAGUCAUUGUCACCGCGGCCACAAAAGAAGCUUAUGCCAGUGCACCAACAUUCCUCAGACCUGGUGGUACCGUUGUUGCGGUCGGUCUGCCAAAAGACCCUACUGUUCUUGCAGGCGCACCGCCGAUUAUGUUGUGCCUGAAGAAGUUAAACAUUGUGGGCAGCGUCGUCGGUACAUUGAAGGAUGUAGAAGAAGCUCUUGACUUCACAGCACGGGGUCUAGUGCAUCCCAUCUUGACAAAGGGAACAAUUGAAGAUGUGGAUAAGUAUAUGGAUCUGAUGAUUGCCGGUAAGCUCGCAGGUAGAGCUGUACUAAAGGUGUCAUAA